GGCAGCCAAGUAACCACUCCCGACUCGCACCGCGAACACAUCCCCGCCCAGUAAACCACCCUACUACUACCAUUCUGCCGCCGGCCACCCUGCUCUUAGCUAGCCCUAUCUCUCAUAUUCAACCUGCUCAACCGCCGCUCUCUGGCUUUCGCCCACGGCAACUAUGGCGAACGACGAAUAUGACUUCUUGUUCAAAGUCGUCCUGAUCGGAGACUCUGGGGUCGGUAAAUCCAACCUCUUGAGCAGAUUCACUCGCAACGAGUUCAACCUGGACUCCAAGUCUACUAUCGGCGUCGAGUUCGCAACCCGGUCCAUCCAGGUAGACGCCAAGACCAUCAAGGCACAGAUCUGGGACACGGCCGGCCAGGAACGAUAUCGCGCCAUCACCUCAGCAUACUACCGAGGCGCAGUCGGCGCCCUGCUGGUCUACGACAUUAGCAAGCACCAGACGUACGAGAAUGUCACGCGGUGGCUGAAGGAGCUCCGUGACCAUGCCGACUCUAAUAUCGUCAUUAUGCUGGUGGGCAACAAGAGCGAUUUAAGGCAUCUGCGGGCGGUGCCUACAGAGGAGGCCAAGCAAUUUGCCAGCGAGAACAAUCUAUCCUUUAUCGAGACUUCCGCCUUGGACGCCAGCAACGUUGAGCUAGCCUUUCAAAACAUCCUUACGGAGAUCUACCGUAUCGUAUCCAGCAAAGCCCUCGACCAGGGAGAAGGCGGUCAGAACGUUCUUGGCGGUGAGCGCAAGGUGCUCGAGAUCAGCAAGUCGGCCGACACAGAAGCCAAGAAGGGAUGUUGUUAGGCCAUUUGUCCCUUGCCUUCUUCUAUCAGAUAUGUUUGCGCCUUACUGUCCUGGAUGGUCUAUACGGGCUACGAUAUGAGUUUCAAGAGAGGCAUCCAUCAAUAUGACAUGACACCCAUGUCCAUCGUCACCCUCCCCUUCCUCACACAAUAUUCACGAAACGAUUACUUUGUCAUGCGAAUGCGAACGUGUCUCAUGCGAAUGUCGUUCGGCGUCCGAGAAGUCCUUUGGAGAUUAUAAACCUCUCUUCUUUGUUUGCGUCUGAUUCCUGUCUCCGCUUCCACCAGAUGGUUGGCUGGCUUUGGGGGUGUUCUUCUGCUUCUUUUUUUCUUCUUUCUUUGCAUGAGGGAGUCUUUUGCAAGCGGCGGUAAUUUUGACUGGCUGCUGUAUGAUCAGAUACAAUUGACAGUGACUUUAUUCAA